AUUCCCGGGGCUAGGUUGCCGGGGGAAGACUUGCGUGGAAGACAAGGCGGCGCGGGAAGUGGAAACAGGGUGGGCUGGAGGCGUGCUUUGCGUGUGGUGUCAGGGAAGUGGAAACGUGGCUUGGGGGGUGAAGAGCCCUGAGGAUAGUGGCGGGGAGGAAGAUGGGGCGUUCAGAACCCCCCAGUGAGGAGAGACCAGCAUGAGGGGCGGCUCCAGGGCGGUCUGGCGGUGGGAGGAGCCCUCCGCACUUUUCCCGGAGAUAGCAGGGGUAGUAACGCGGCAGGUGCCACUCCUGGGCGCUUGCUUUGCCUCCAGCAUGACCCGCGCCCCUGGCCUGAAUAUGGCUGCGAUCCCUGGGCAGGAUGGAUACCUCAGGAAAGGUAUGUUUUUCUCUCCAGCUCAGGUCUAGGUGGACUCUCGCUCCUGCUGGCUGGACAUGGAGAAUUUGGAGGAAGAUGUAAAAUUUAUUGUGGAUGAGACCUUGGACUUUGGGGGGCUGUCGCCAUCUGACAGCCGUGAGGAAGAAGACAUAACAGUGUUGGUGACUCCAGAGAAACCACUUCGACGGGGCCUCUCCCACCGAAGUGACCCAAAUGCAGUGGCUCCUGCUCCCCAGGAUCUGAGGUUCAGCCUAGGCCCCCUCAGCCCGGAGAAGCUGGAGGAGAUCCUCGAUGAGGCCAACCGGCUGGCCGCCCAGCUGGAGCGGUGUGCCCUGCAGGAGCGGGAGAGCACGGGCGAGGGCCUGGGGCCUCACCGAGUGAAGCCCAGCCCUCGGCGAGAGACCUUUGUGCUCAAGGACAGUCCUGUCCGAGACCUGCUGCCUACUGUGAACUCUUUGGCUCGGAGCACCCCCUCCCCAAGCAGCCUGACGCCCCGACUCCGGAGCAGUGACAGGAAGGGGUCAGUCAGGACUCUUCGGGCAUCGCCUGGAAAGAGGCCCUCCAACAUGAAGAGGGAGUCACCCACUUGCAGUCUGUUCCCUGCAUCCAAAAGCCCAGCAUCUUCUCCUCUUACCCGAUCGACGCCCCCAGUCCGAGGGAAAGCUGGGCCCAGUGGGAGAGCAGCAGCCAGUCCACCUACCCCCAUCAGACCUGUCCUGGCCCCACAGCCUUCGACCAGUAACUCUCAACGCCUGCCCCGGCCACAGGGAGCAGCUGCGAAAUCUUCCAGUCAGCUGCCCCUUCCCUCGGCCAUCCCCAGGCCUGCCAGCCGAAUGCCACUCACCAGCCGGAGUGUACCACCUGGCAGAGGUGCCCUCCCUCCGGAUUCUCUGUCAACUCGGAAAGGGCUUCCAAGACCAAGCGCUGCAGGACACAGAGUGAAGGAAAGUGGACACAAGGUUCCUGUUUCCCAGCGACUAAAUCUUCCUGUCAUGGGUACCACUCGCAGCAAUGUGCAGCCCCCCAGGAAAGUGGCAGUCCCAGGACUUACCAGGUAAAGAGGUCAGGACGGCAAGCAAGACUUCAGUAGCAAACCACUACAAUCAGUUCCUGGACUUGCCUCUACCCAGCAGACCCUGACUCCAGCAGAUUCUGGCACAGGGACAGGAGGAAGAGAUGCCACCAGGGCUGGUCCCCCAGGAUAGAGACCAUGGGAAAUGGGGUGGAUUAGGAUUGAGCUGGAGAAGACUUAAACUCUCUGGGUUGAAAGAAGAUUAGGGGAAAAGAGGUCACCUUCCAGCAGUGAAAUGAACAAACAGAAAUGAGAGGUACAGUCAAGUGGUUUGUCUUUAUCCACCCCCACUCUGUGGUCAGCCCCAGAGAAUUUGAUCUUCUUCCCGGGCAUUGGUUCACUGGACAUUUCCAUGUGAGUGGUCUCUGUAGCUAACCUUCCUGCUCUCUGAGGAGCUGUCUUCCUGAAUCUCAUACUCUACUGGACUCCGGCCUGCUUGGAGAGGCGGCAACAGGCACCUGGUCUUCAGAAAUUGUUUCCUGUGAAUUCCGUGACUCCUAAUAGGCCAGUUUGUGAUAAGCUUACUCUCUCAGUCUUCAUUUUUCUAAAAUAAAGUGAAGGCAUUUUUAUAUUCUCUGUA